UCCUACAAUGCUGCACUUUGUGUGGCACGAGCCCCGACUGGUCCAGAGUGCCAUUUCAUUCAUUGCUAUGUGGUGAUCGCUGUUUGAGAAAGCAGCAUGGAUCCAUUAGAGUCAGAGGGACUGAAAGCCGGUCUCGGCCCGGAACAAAGUCCCAAACCCGAGCUUUCUGCAGCGAUGCGGGCUAAAAUCGAGCGGAACCGGCAGCAGGCGUUGAUGCUCCGGCAAGCGCGACUAGCGAGCCGCCCAUCGUCCGCUGUAGAGGGGGCGACCUCGGCGAAAAUCUCCAAGACCAUCGACUCUGGUGCCGGUUUCUUCAUCGAGGAGGAGGAGGAGGAGGAGAAAGAGCAGAGGACCAGGAAGGUUGUGCAUCAGCCAGCCCCAGUCAUCGAGCCAGACUACCUGCUGUGCGAUGAUUGUCAAAAGCCCUUUAUGGACUCGUACCUCAGCAACAGCUUUGACCUAUCUGUCUGUGAUAAGUGCAGAGACAACGAGGAGAAGCAUAAGCUAAUCUCCAGAACUGAGGCCAAGCAGCACUACCUGCUGAAGGACUGUGACCUGGACCAGAGAGAGCCUCCACUCAGGUUUACACUGAAGAAAAACCCUCAUAACCCGACCUGGGGUGACAUGAAGCUUUACCUCAAACUACAGGUGGAGAAGAGGUGUAUGGAGGUGUGGGGCUCAGAGGAGGCCCUGGAGGAGGCCAAAGAGACGAGGGAAGAGAACCGAGAGACGCAGAAACAAAAACGCUUCAACAAGAAGGUCAAAGAGCUGCGCAGGGCGGUAAGGAGCAGUAUGUGGACCAAAGACACCAGCGUUCACCAACAUCAGUACGGACCAGAGGAGGUGGUGGAUCCGGAGGAGGACCUCUACAAGAAAACCUGCACCACCUGCGGACAUGAACUCACUUACGAGAAGAUGUAGACACUCGCGAGCACACACACACGCACACUGACUGUUCAGUCUACAAGGAGAAGAUAUUCUGUGCUUUUAUGGGGAACCAUGCCUCUCACAAACCCUCGAUCCGUCCGCCUGUAUUCCUUUUUCCUGGAUUUCUACUGGUAUUUAUUAAUAAUACAUUUCAUCCUGAUGACUUACAAGGAGCCAAAAUCACUCUCCUGUGUGGCACUUACAGGCCGUCAGUUAUAAUACCUUUUUAAACAGCUGUUACUGACUUCAACUGCUGUAUCUUUUAGCAGACUGCCUUUCCGGUCUGCUGCAUAAUGCUACACUUCCCUUUUCUUUUGUAGCAGAGAUGCCUGCUUUAUGAUUGGAACAGAAAUUACCAGUAUGAUUAAAACUUUGCUGGGGGGAUUCCAUUUUUAGGAUUUCAAUUUUUUCAACUAAAUACUACCUCGCAGAUUUCGGUCGCAUGAUACCAUGAUGUAAUCGCUGUCAUGUGAAGUAUGUUAAACUUGACUUUUCAUCGCCUUUGUGGCCUCAUUCAACUCCGCAUUAAGCCACAAGUCAUAUUUCAUUAUGACUGAAUGCAAAGGCUUUGUUUCUCAUGUCUGAUUCUUAGUGUCGGCUAUAAAGAGACAAGCUGUCAUUGUCCAGAUAUUCAUUAUAUUACUACAGUUAGACUGAAAAUAUGUAAAACAUGUUAACAUCUUGGUGUAAUGUAAACAAUUUAAUAAAAAGUUAAUUUCUUUUCCAAGUUUUUUGUAUUUUGAGACUUCGCAGAAAGUCUUCAAAAUACUUCUCUCCAUAUUUUUCUUGAAGUGUAGACAUACAGUUUGAAAACAGUCUGGGCCAAGUUUGCAUCUCUUAUUUUUUUGUACAUUAAUUUAACAUGUAGCCAUGUCACUGUCUUACUUUUAAUCUUAUUUGUGGAGUGGGCUUGUUGUGGAUUAAGGGGUUUAGAUUUCCAAUCCAACCUUUAAUUACUUAUCCCAUAAUUUGGUUUUUCAUAUCUUGCUGUUAAAGAAACUUAAGCUUUGUCAAAAAUAAGUCAGAUUGUGUUUUUCUCAAAUGUAAGUUCUCAGAAACCUGGCUUAUCGACCAAGAGGGCAAAGUUAUUAGUACAGGCACAAAUCCUCAAGGGUUUCUUUUUUAGAUACUCUAACAAAUCAAAUUAGUUUUAAUAAUUUGGAUGAAAAAAAAAAAAAAGUAUGUUUCAAAAUGACUCAAUUUCAUUAGUGGCAGCUAUAUUUGACCGGCUAUAGUCCAUCCCAGUCGUUGCAAUACCUUUAAAGGCUAAAUA